AUGUUAUACAAAAUUUAUUAUAUUUUUCUCUAUAGAAACCAAAAUGAUCACAGAUUCAAUGUUAAUAAAGAUAAUCUAACAAAUCCAGACAAUCUUAUAUUACUAAAUAACAGCAGCACAGAAACGAGUAAAACUCUAUUGUCUACAGAAUCGGAAGAAAUAAAUGAUACACCACGUUUGCCAAUGGUUGAACAUAACAGUCUUCCUAAACAAAGUAUUGUUCCUGAAAAUGAUCCUGCCAAUUGGAUAAAAAAUCAAGAAACGAUAGAUUAUUUAUCAAUCAAUGGAUUUAACCAAAAUUUAGAGAACAAUAAUUUCCAAAAGUCAAAAAGAAUUUACACUCAAAUAAUUGGUGGGGUAAGACGUACUCGUUUUCGAUAUAUGUCAAAAAGUAUAUUUAUAUCUACUCUUGUUAAUGGUGAAAAAAUUAACCGAACAUUUUUGAUUUACUCAGAAAGUAAAGGAUCAAUAUUUUGUGCUCCCUGCUAUUUAUUUGGUGGCACUACAUCGUUUGCCACAGUUGGUUUUUCAGAUUGGAAAAAAGGAGAAGAAAAAAUCAAGCGUCAUGAAAAUUCACAACACCACAAAUUGUGUGUAAUGAAUAUGAAAGAAAGCAAAGAAGUAUUAAAUCGAGUUGAUCAAAAGCUAAAGUAUCAAGUAGAAACAGAAAUGAAUUAUUGGAAAAAUGUAUUGACAAGAGUUGUAGCUAUUGUGAAAUCCCUUUCUUCUCGUGGAAUGUCUUUUAGAGGUGAUGAUGACCGUUUUGGAUCUGUUCAUAAUGGGAACUUUAUGAUGAGCUUAGAGCUUAUUGCUCAGUUUGAUCCUUUUUUAGCACAACACAUUGAGAAGUUUGGAAAUAAAGGAAAAGGUUCAACAUCAUACCUAUCAUUUAAUAUAUAUGAGCCGUUCAUAAGUAUAAUGGCAGAUAAUGUUAUUCAACAAAUCGUGAAAGAAAUAAAGGAAGCUAAAUACUUUUCCAUCAGUAUUGAUUCUACUCCUGACAUUAGCCAUGUAGAUCAACUGUCAUUCAUUUUUUGGUAUGUUCAAAAGAAUGGCUGUCCGGUAGAAAGAUUUUUAGGGUUUUUACCUAAUUCUGGUCAUAAAUCUGAAAAAUUAGCAGAUGCUGUAUUUUUAGUUUUAGAAUCGCAUGGAUUAGAUAUUAAUAAUUGUCGUGGUCAAAGUUACGACAAUGCGUCUAAUAUGUCUGGUAGAUACACAGGACUUCAAGCUCGCAUUAAAAAAGUUAAUCCUUUAGCAACAUUUGUACCAUGCUCGGCACACUCUUUAAAUCUUGUUAGUGAGUGCGCUGUGGACUGUUGUAUUUAUGCUUCUGAAUUUUUUAUUCUGCUUCAAAAUAUUUAUAAAUUUUUUAGUGCCUCUACUUAUAGAUGGGAAAUACUUCAGAAGAAUUUGAUUAAAACAGAAAAGGUAUCUCUUAAGAAACUAUCAGAUACCAGAUGGUCAGCAAGAUCUGAUGCAAGUAUUAGUUUAAACAAAAAUUGGAUUGAAAUAAUUAAUGCACUGUCUUUUAUCAAAGAUGUUAAAAGAGAAAAAUCUAUUACAAGAUCAGAAGCUAACGGGCUAUAUUUAAAACUAGAUAGUCUUGAAACAGCUAUAAUGGCCACAUUAUGGGGCGAUAUACUAGAGAGAUUCAACAAAACUAGCAAACAAUUGCAGUCAGUUGAGAUUGAUUUAGAAACAGUUAUUCAAUCUUGCGAGAAUUGGCAGACCACAUCACCACAACAGAUGUUAGAAGAUUAA